AUGGUGGGCUCUACCCCCAACCCAACUCCAGUGAGAACUAAUGGCCUCGGAGCAUACGACUUUGCCAUCAACGAGGGCAAAGAGAUCCAAUUCACCAUCACUGUCGCCGAGAGCUACCCCACGGUCACUGAGAUCUACUGCGGAGUGGUGAAUGGCCAAGUCAUCUUGAACACCCUGCGCAGGUGGUCCUCUGUGACCUCACAUUUCUACGUGGUGACACGAAGACAACAUUUAGCACUUGCACAAGCAGCAGCCAGAAAUCGAGCCCACCAGCCUGCCGACAUCCCCUCUCGCCCUCUAGGUCGCUUGUGGGACGAGUGGAAGGUGGAGUGCGGAGGGGAGAGACUGAGGGUGGUGAAGGGCAGGGAGAAUGAGGACCUGAUGGUGGCCACACCAGAACCUCAACGAAGCGGUGAUGCAGGGCCAUAUGAUGGACAUUACUACCUCACCGACUCUGUCGACACUUUCCUCACCGAGUUUUCCAGUGCCGUCUCCUCUCCCACCACAGCCGACAUCACAAACCCUUUCGAGUCUUCUGCUCCACUUUCCAUUCCGCUAGGCUUGACAUUUAGUUUUCCAGUGGAACAGACUGUGAUAGAUGGAGGAAAGAUUCUGACAUGGACGAAAGGCUUCUCAGCAAAAAAUGCACUUGGUAAAGAUAUUGUGAGUCUGCUCCAGGAUGCGUUUGACAGGAAGCACUUGCAUGUGCACUGCGUUGUGCUUGUGAAUGACACAGUAGGGACCCUUCUGUCACGUGCAUAUGCUGCAGAGUCAUGCUUACUCGAGCGGUGUGCAAUCUUUGGCACUGGAACCAACAGUGCAGAUGUCGAGAAUGUCGAAAACAUCACCAAGCUUGGUAACUCUCCAGCACGCCAAAAGGGUGGGCUUAUGAUCAUCAAUGCAGAAUGGAGCACGUUCAACAACACUCAUACAAGUCUCCCCACGGCUUCCUAUGAUAACAAACUUGAUCAAGACUCGAUCAACCCACGCAAACAGGCCUUCAAAAAGUUCAUUUCAGGAAUGUACCUCGGUGAGAUCACUCGAAAUAUCCUGCUUUCCUUUAUCGAUGCCAUGCUGAAGCCACUUCUUUUCAAUGGGAAUUCGAGCGAGCCACUAAACACACACUAUGGACUCAACACGGCAGUAAUGAGUGAGGUUGAGAGCACGUGGGAGCUGGGCCGCACUGAUGCCGCCAAGGUGAACAGCGCCAAUGGACACGUACCGAAUUGGCAAAGCAUCCAUUUCACAGAUGCAAAGGCACUAGGCAAGGAUGACAUUGCAUGGCUAGAGUGUAUCCGGAAGAUCGUGAUCCAGAGGCUGCAAGUGCUCGACCUGGAGAACAUGUCCUUGCGCGAUGCGGUGAUUGUGCGGCUCAGCAGAACUGCUGUCACUGUGGUUCUCAUGCAAACGGGCAAUGCGAAGCUUAGAGGGGGAGUGCAGGCACUGAAGGAGAACCUCAUCAUUGGUGUCGAUGGCAGUCUGAUUCAACACUACCCAAAUUUCGAGGCUCAGCUGCACUCUUCUCUCCAGUCCUUGGCAGGUGAGGCAGUGGAAAAGUGCGUGGAGAUUGACUUGGCAAAAGACGGAAGUGGUGCAGGAGCCACGCUAUGUGCUCUGCAAGCCAUUAAACAGGGUCUAUAA